AUGGCUUCUCGUCCCCAGAACAUUGGCAUCAAGGCCAUUGAGAUUUACUUUCCCAGCCAGUAUGUCGAGCAGUCCGAACUCGAGAAAUUCGACGGUGCCAGCACCGGAAAGUACACAAUUGGUCUGGGCCAGACCAGAAUGAGCUUCUGCGAUGAUCGUGAAGACAUCUACUCCUUCGCCCUCACCGUCACUUCCAACCUGCUCAAGAAGUACGAGAUCGACACCAACUCCAUUGGCCGUCUCGAGGUCGGUACCGAGACCCUUCUGGACAAGUCCAAGUCCGUCAAGUCGGUGCUCAUGCAGCUGUUCGGCGACAACACCAACAUCGAGGGUGUCGACACUGUCAAUGCCUGCUAUGGUGGUACCAAUGCCGUCUUCAACACUGUCAAUUGGAUCGAGUCCUCUGGCUGGGACGGACGGGACGGCCUUGUCGUCGCUGGAGAUAUUGCCCUGUAUGCCAAGGGCAAUGCGCGCCCCACUGGUGGUGCCGGUGCCGUCGCUAUGCUGAUCGGCCCUGACGCCCCCAUCGUCAUUGAGCCCGGCCUGCGUGGCACCUACAUGCAACACGCCUAUGACUUCUAUAAGCCGGAUCUGACCUCCGAAUACCCCGUCGUUGACGGCCACUACUCCAACCGCUGCUACACCAAGGCCCUCGAUGCCUCUUAUCGGGCAUACGGCAAGCGUGAGAAGCUGCUGCAGGGCGGUGCCAAUGGCCACGCCAACGGGAACGGUGCUGCUGAGGGUCUUCCUACCAAGACUCCCCUCGACCGCUUCGACUACGUGACCUUCCACGCCCCGAACUGCAAGCAGGUCGCCAAGUCCUACGCUCGUCUGCUCUACCUUGACUACCUUGCCGACCCCGAGAACCCUGCCUUCGCCGAGGUCCCCGCUGACAUCCGUGACAUGGACUACGAGAAAUCUCUAGCCGACAAGGCUAUCGAGAAGACCUUCAUGGCCCUGACCAAGAAGCGCUUCCAGGAGCGUGUCAGCCCGUCCAUCCAGGUUCCCACCAUGUGCGGCAACAUGUACUGCGGUAGCGUGUGGGGCUGCCUGGCCAGUGUGUUCGCUCAUGUCCCCAGCGAGACUCUCCAGGGCAAGCGCAUAGGUCUCUUCAGCUACGGCUCUGGCCUGGCAUCCAGCUUCUGCUCCUUCAAGGUCGUCGGCAGCACUGAGAAGAUCUCCACCACCCUCGACAUCCCCAACAGACUCAAUGCUCGCCGGGCUGUCCCUCCCGAGACCUACGAUGCAAUGUGCGAUCUCCGCCACAAGGCGCAUCUGCAGAAGAACUAUAAGCCCGAGGGUGAUGCCUCCACCAUCGCCCCCAACACGUACUACCUCGAGAACGUCGACGACAUGUUCAGGAGAGAGUACUCCAUCAAGGCAUAA